AUGCCACAGCCGUGCUUCAGACUCCUACACGCCCCCUACACCCCUACACGCCCCCUACACCCCUACACGCCCCCUACACCCCUACACGCCCCCUACACCCCUACACGCCCCCUACACCCCUACACGCCCCCUACACCCCUACACGCCCCCUACACCCCUACACGCCCCCUACACCCCUACACGCCCCCUACACCCCUACACGCCCCCUACACCCCUACACGCCCCCUACACCCCUACACGCCCCCUACACCCCUACACGCCCCCUACACCCCUACACGCCCCCUACACCCCUACACGCCCCCUACACCCCUACACGCCCCCUACACCCCUACACGCCCCCUACACCCCUACACGCCCCCUACACCCCUACACGCCCCCUACACCCCUACACGCCCCCUACACCCCUACACGCCCCCUACACCCCUACACGCCCCCUACACCCCUACACGCCCCCUACACCCCUACACGCCCCCUACACCCCUACACGCCCCCUACACCCCUACACGCCCCCUACACCCCUACACGCCCCCUACACCCCUACACGCCCCCUACACCCCUACACGCCCCCUACACCCCUACACGCCCCCUACACCCCUACACGCCCCCUACACCCCUACACGCCCCCUACACCCCUACACGCCCCCUACACCCCUACACGCCCCCUACACCCCUACACGCCCCCUACACCCCUACACGCCCCCUACACCCCUACACGCGCAAACUGGACAAAGGACAGUAUAUAAAACUAGAACAGCAUACAAUCGUGCUUGGUAA